CAUGCAUAUUCAUUUCCAGUUGCACUCUUCAGUAUUUAAAGGCUGGGACUGAAAUCUCUCCCUUGUUUCAAACAGGAAAGCUUCAGUGAAUGGUUUUAAAUGGACAUCCGGAUCAACAUCAGCCACAAUGGAAUCUGGGACAAACCUUUCCUUUGUUAUGAGUUUAGUAACAGGUCUUGUCAGAAGUUUGUUUAUCCUUUGGAAACACGAAUUUUUCUCUACAUUCUUUUUAGUGCCUCUUCAAUAAUCACAAUCAUAGGAAACCUGCUGGUGAUCAUAACAGUCGUUCAUUUCAGGCAGCUUCACACGCCGACUAACUACCUCAUCUUGUCUCUGGCUGUGGCCGAUCUGCUUGUCGGAGGAGUUGUGAUGCCUCCCAGCAUGCUGCGCUCCAUCGAGACCUGCUGGUAUCUGGGAGAUUUGUUCUACAGAUAUUACGCCAUAUGUCACCCGUUCCAAUAUCACAGUAAAAUGACGUCGCUUGCCACAUUGGUUAUGAUUAUCAUCUGCUGGACUGUUUCGGCUGUUCUGGGCUUUGGCAUGAUCUUCAUGGAGCUGAAUAUUCUCGGUGUUGAAGAUUUUUACUAUGAAAAUGUUGAUUGUAAUGGAAGAUGCCUUGUGUUUCAGAGCAGAGAGGUAGCUGUCUUUAUGUCAUUGGCCUGUUUUUAUAUUCCUGCAUUUGUCAUGCUCUGUGUGUAUCUUAAAAUCUUACAUGAAGCUCAGCGGCAGGUUCAGGCCAUCCAGAGUGUGAAUUCUGAACUGAAGAAAGAGGGAAAAGCCACUAAGACUUUAGCCAUCAUCGUGGGAGUCUUUCUGACAUUCUGGAUUCCCUUUUUCCUCUGUAAUCUCAUUGAUCCCUUUAUUGGCUACUCUGUUCCUCCACUUCUCUUUGACUUGUUCCUGUGGGUUGGAUAUUAUAAUUCCACCUGUAAUCCAAUAGUGUACGCCUUCUUUUACAGCUGGUUCAGACAUGCUUUCAGAGUCAUUCUUUCUGGAGGAAUAUUUCAAAGCAAUUCCUCAAGAACAAUACUGUUGUAAAUGUAAUCUCAAAGUCAGAUGUCUUUGUUGAAACAUUACACACAUUGCUUUAAUGUUAUAUUGCUUUUUUAUGUUGCCUAAUGUGGCCUCAUUAUUGUAUUUUUUAUUUAUGCUGCAAAACUGACUCCACAAGAUACAAAUAAAUUCCAUCUACUGUGUAUUUUAAUCAUCACUUGAAUCAGAUCUGGCCCACACCACAACCCCAACCAUAAUUAAUCUGAGUUUAUAACUAUAUAUAUUUUUUUCAUUGAAAAAUAUCUCUAGAACUUUUUAGAAAAAUAUAUCUAAAGCUUUCUGUUUUCAGAGAAUGUUUAAUAACUCUUUAUCAUUUUUUUUAUUAACAUUGUACAAUUUCUAUAUUUUUAACAUUAUAAAAAUUGAGCACUAUUAAACUUUUGGUAAAGCACAAACCGUCUAGUCACAGUGUGAAAAAUACUACACUGAAAAACAUGGUACACAUGAUAUGACUUGUUCCACAGUGUGUUGUUAAGGUGAUAAUAGUAUUAAAUUCACAAACUAGCACAAUUCAAACCUAUUUAUAAAUACUUUUUUUAAUUAUUUUCAGGCUGUUGUUGAAAUGAACAGCAAUUCUGCAAAAAAAGGUUAUGUAAAUGCCUCUGAAUCUAUAAACCAAUGUCAACAAGUUACACUUACUGUAAAUGUCAGUGCAGUAAGACAAAGUACAAUUUAUUUAUUUAUUUAUUUUACUUACGGACCCUUUUCACAAGACUCUUUUCUGACGUGUUUAACAGUCAUCAGCAUAUUAAAUGCUUACAUUUCAAAACGUAUGAACAUUUAUAUGUAUUUAUGCAUGUAUUAUAUCAUCCUUGCAUCAAAUGACAACUAAUUUCCGCUUGUGCAAUUGCAAUGGGCAGGACAUUAAAUGUGUCGUUAUUCUCUC